AUGGGGUUUAGGAGUUUCAAGAGUUUUAAUCUGGCUCUACUAGCAAAACAAGGGUGGAAUAUCCUAACUAAACCUGAAAGUCUGCCUGCCCAAAUUCUGAAACAGAAGUAUUAUGGCCAAGGUUCCUUUUUAGCAGCUAAAAUGGAGCAUAGACCUUCACUGGUAUGGAGAAGCCUGAAAGCAGGAAUUGGUAUUCUGAAGGAGGGACUCCUAUGGAAAGUUGGCAAUGAAGCUAAAAUCAAGAUAUGGGAAGACAGGUGGCUGCCCAGACCUCACUUCCUCUAUUCUAAUUCUGACAGGAAUGAGAACUCAGCAGAAACUCGAGUGGAUGAGCUAAUAGACCUAGUGCUAAGGAAGUGGGAUGAAAAUAUCCUACACAAUCUAUUCUCACAGGAUAGUGUGGAUAUCAUUAAAACCAUCCCCAUUAGCUUAGGUGGUAGAGAGGACCGUUUGGGAUAG